CGUGGUUUCACCAUCCCCUCGCCGUCGCCCUGUACUCGCGCCACCGCUUCCUUCCUGUUCCUGGCAUCUCCUCUAGAGACAGAUCUUCCCUACGCCCCCGGCCGCGGCAAGCCCUCCUCCCUUUCAACCCCAAUCGCUCAAACUCGGGCCGCUGCAGGAGCUUUUCCUUCAUGCGUUCAUAACCCCUUGCUACUGUUCCACGUGGUCGCCGCCACCACUUCCUGGCAACUCCGGCCGUAUGCGCAUCAGGCCAAUCCGCCCCGGAUGCCAUCGCUGCUGCAAGUGCUAGCAGCCGGAUGACAUACCAGUGCAGCCCGACGGCCGUGAACAAAGCAUCCUCAACCUCACGCACUAACAGCUUAGAUGUUGAAGAGCGCCUUGGCAGAGUCAAGUGUGGACAAUUAUCUAGGAAGCAAGUGAAUGGAAGUUCAAGUAACCAUACAGCAGGAUCCAUUGGAAUGCCAUUACAGGCCCCUUUUCAAGAUAUUACAAAUGUGGUUGACUCACAUAGUUUAUCAAAAGGGAAACAAGCACAAAAAAUUCUUGGUUCAGUGGAUCAUCCAAUUACUGGGACAAAACGAUCAAUCAAUCUAUCUGGCAUAUCCAUACAGUCAAAUACUCCUUCAACUGGACACGUAAGUCUACCAACAAAUGCUUCCGAGCGUAAGUGUUAUCGUGAUCGGGAAAGAUACUUGGAGAUGACUCCAGAAUAGCGCGCUGCCUACCUGGAAAGGAACCGUGAGUACAAACGGAGAAGGAAAAAUCCUGCUGCAGUUAGUGAUAAUGCACAAUCUGGGAGUCAAACUUGUACUUGUACCAAUGGAAGCAUGCACACAACUAUUCUCACCAGUUCAAUUA